GCGAGCGAGGGAGCGGGAGGAGAGCCGCAGCGCUGGCCGGCGCGGGAGUGGGAAGAGGGGACCUGGACUUCGGGGCGGCAGACUCCCGCUGCCUUCUCCACCAGCCCACACCGAUCGGCUCCCGGAACAUCUCCGGCUGUCUCCUCUGCCACCAUGAGAAACAUCUUCAAGAGGAACCAGGAGCCCAUUGUGGCCCCGGCCACCACCACUGCCACAAUGCCUCUGGCACCCGCCGCGCCUGCCGAUAACUCCACAGAGAGCACGGGCACCGGGGAGAGCCAAGAAGACAUGUUCGCCAAGCUGAAGGACAAAUUCUUCAACGAGAUCAACAAGAUCCCCUUGCCCCCCUGGGCUCUGAUAGCCAUGGCCGUGGUUGCUGGCCUCCUGCUGCUCACCUGCUGCUUCUGCAUCUGUAAGAAGUGCUGCUGCAAGAAGAAGAAGAACAAGAAGGAGAAGGGCAAAGGCAUGAAGAACGCCAUGAACAUGAAGGACAUGAAGGGGGGCCAGGAUGAUGACGACGCGGAGACAGGCCUGACUGAAGGAGAAGGAGAAGGCGAGGAGGAGAAAGAGCCGGAGAACCUGGGCAAAUUGCAGUUUUCUCUGGACUAUGAUUUCCAGGCCAACCAGCUCACCGUGGGCGUCCUGCAGGCCGCUGAACUCCCGGCCCUGGACAUGGGUGGCACGUCAGACCCUUAUGUCAAAGUCUUCCUCCUCCCAGACAAGAAGAAGAAAUAUGAGACCAAGGUGCACCGGAAGACACUGAACCCAGCCUUCAACGAGACUUUCACUUUCAAGGUGCCGUACCAGGAGUUAGGAGGCAAAACCCUGGUGAUGGCUAUCUAUGACUUUGACCGCUUCUCUAAGCAUGACAUCAUCGGGGAGGUGAAAGUGCCCAUGAACACGGUGGACCUUGGCCAGCCCAUCGAGGAAUGGAGAGACCUACAAGGCGGAGAGAAGGAAGAGCCAGAGAAGCUGGGUGACAUCUGUACCUCCUUGCGCUACGUGCCCACUGCUGGGAAGCUCACCGUCUGUAUCCUGGAGGCCAAGAACCUGAAGAAGAUGGAUGUGGGGGGCCUCUCAGACCCCUAUGUGAAGAUCCACCUGAUGCAGAACGGCAAGAGACUCAAGAAGAAGAAGACGACGGUGAAGAAGAAGACCCUGAACCCCUACUUCAACGAGUCCUUCAGCUUCGAGAUCCCCUUUGAGCAGAUCCAGAAAGUCCAGGUGGUCGUCACCGUGCUAGACUAUGACAAACUGGGCAAGAAUGAAGCCAUCGGGAAGAUCUUCGUAGGCAGCAACGCCACAGGCACGGAGCUGCGGCACUGGUCCGACAUGCUGGCUAACCCUCGGAGGCCCAUCGCCCAGUGGCACUCUCUGAAGCCUGAGGAAGAAGUGGAUGCUCUUCUGGGCAAGAACAAGUAGGCAGCGGCGGCUGGGGCCUCGCCCCAGAGGACACUGACGAGCUCCAGAGCUAUCAAUACCUCAGUUACGCGACCUUAGAGGUUUCUUCAUUUGUUUGCGGUGUGUCCUGUUUUCCUUUCCUUUUUCUUUUUCUCUUUUUAAAAACCAACUUCCUUUUGGUGGCUGUGUGGAGAGUCCCCUAAGACGUGAACGAGAAGCCUGGCUCUGUUACUGUCCCAGUAGCUGUCCUUGUUGCAUGCCCUAUCACGGUUUCCCCUCACCCCAAGUGGGGCCCUCUACUGUCAGAGUGGAAGCACUUCCUGCUUUUCCUGGGUUUUGGACCAACAAAGUGGCAAGCACAUUCUGUGUCUCGACGAGUGUGUGUGUGUGUGUGUGUGUGUGUGUGUGUGUGUGUGUGUGUGUGUACACGUGUGCCCAUCCAUCCCCACCUUGCCUCUGUUUGGAAUAUCUCUUCGUUUCUGGAAUGAGUCACGGACAAUGAAGCCGUGUGAGAGAGGAAAGUCUUCAGGUACUCCGAGGUGAGGAGAGCCCACUGCUUAAGCGGUCAGAGGCCAGAAGCUCCCAUAGUCCUUGCGAAAGGCCAUUUGGAAGACGGCAAGAUGUGAUACUGGAUGUGUUCCGAACUAGGACCAAAGGCUUGAUGCCAUCCCAGACUCCAAGGAGUGGGGCUUUGGGAUCAUUCAUGGAAAUAAACUAUUUACUCGAAUGGUCGGAUUCAACCAGGGACCGCCAGCUCCAGGAUGUCAUUCUUGUUGACGACAUCAAACUUUGAAGAAACAGAAGUCCCAUUACUCAGCUCUGGAUCUUUGCCUCGUCCAGUGGGAGGCAGAUGCUUCUUCCCUCUGCAGAGUACAAGCGGUGCGUUCAUUUGCAUUCACGCACCAUCUUGCUUUUGCCUCUGUUUCCCUUUUUGUGUAAGUGGAAAAAUACCAUCUGACGAUAAGUGCUUUGCACAGAGCCAGAGACAUAUUAGAGGGAUGCUUGGGUGUUUAGUUCCCUCGAGGUCCAGGUAAGGAGGGGAUGUCAAGAAGGGGACCGUUGGUGGACAGUGACAAGCUAGACAUUGCAGAGCUCCUCACAACUCCUAUUCCUGACCCUCUGGACCCUUUGACCCUCAGUGAUGGUAGCCGGAGUAGCCCAGGCAGACCUUAGGAGAGGCCCCGUCCUUCCCUUCCUUAGACAGUUUUCUCAGAAUGCCAGGAAACACAGCGCAUUCAUUUCAGAUGGGUGGUGGAGAAAAUGUCCUAAGGUUUGCACCCUAUGUUCAGUUUGUGUUUCCUUCCUGUUCCCUAGUUGUCCCCAGCAUUGAUAAAAAAGCCAUAUAUAUGUUA